UUACCAAUUAACGGAAUAGUCAUAAACUGUAAUAAUGGUUGCCCUCAAAGAACCCGAGAAACGAAUUAUUAUUUUUUGGAUAACUUACUCUUUAAGGAAGCUUUAAGCGAAGUGGAAAUGCAAGAAGCAUUAACAGCUGACAGAGAUUGUAGCAGAAGAGGAUGCUUAGGACAAUCAGAAGUGCAAUAUGAUUCAAGUGGUCCAAUUAUCUUAAUUCAAUUAACGGACAUCAGGACAUUAACUCAUCUGGAUAACAUCCCGAUAAAAUUUCCCGAUGUACUUGGGACCUCUGAUUAUUAUUUACUGGUAGGAGUAAUCCGUUACAUUAACAAUGACCUUACGUCGACUAAUGGAUUAGGAAAACUGUCCAUGGGACACUACACAACAAUCUGUCGCAGAAAUAAUCUGUGGACCGAGUUUAAUGAUCUCAAUGCAGGAACACAAAGAACUCUAACCAAAGAUGUGGACAAAAAAGUCAACAUAGAAUUUCUAAUAUACAUUAAAGUUGAAAAAACGUAUAAAUAAAAUCAAUUAAAACUGUAUCACCAUGCCU